CCGCCGGAGCCAAAAGAAGAAAAAAAAAUGUAAUCUGAUCAAUUUAAAUUAUUCAAUAUUUAAAGUUUUAAUUCCGCUGAAUUUGUAUAGAAUUUUGGGGCCUACAAUUGAACCAUAAAUAUUAAAUUCUAACACGUGCGACUACUUGGAUGAUUCAAUUACAAGGAUAUGAACUUGGUGGCGGCGGUGGGCGAUGUCGAUAUUGUAAAUAAUGUGAUACAUGGUUGAUAACACCGGCUAAAACUAACAAAACAAUAUUCACACGGUGUAUUGUUAUCAUCCAAUAACACCACAUAAUGUUGUACCGUCAACAUGUUCUUAAAAACCGGCCUUUUUAAAGCAAUCUCAUUUAAAAAUCCAAUAAAAUUACCAGUGUCAUAUUGGUUACUUGUAAUUGUACGAUUUGCGCUUACAAUUGUCCCGCAAAGUGGAUACAUACAUCCGGAUGAGUUCUUUCAAAAUGUGGAGAUUAUUGCAGGUGAUAUUCUUAAUGUGGACAUUGCAAGGACAUGGGAGUUUAACUCAAAAUUUCCCAUCAGAAAUAUAUUGGUACCCAAAAUGGUUCUCGGUCCACCCAUACACUUGAUACGAAUUGCAAACCCAUAUACUUUGUAUUACUUUGAUAUCAACUUAAAAACCCCAUACUAUUUACUAGUUUUACCAAGACUUUUUAUAUGUCUUCUGUCUUUAAUUAAUGAUUAUUGUUUAUAUAGAAUAUGUAUACUCUAUGGACAAAAUUUUAGGAGUCGUUUAAAGCUGUUUGCAAGUUCCUAUGUUGUUUUUGUGUAUUGCUGUAGAAGUUUUUCAAAUACUUUUGAAAUGAUAUUAUUCUCGAUACUUUUGCUGUUUGUAGCUGAGUGUAUGCAGAAAUCUGAUAAAAUUAUAUAUCACGAAGAGUUCCUGAAUGAAAAAUAUAACAGGGCAACAUCACCAGUUGAGAAAGUAAAACUGUUCAAGUUACGAACUCAUUUACCGUGUCAUUCCUUGAACCAUGUUAUAGUGUUGUCUACUUUAGUAGUGAUCGGUAUAUUUAAUCGUCCAACCUUCAUUGGGUUUGCCUUUCCACCAAUUUUCUUCUGGCUACACAGAGGAUUAGGUUCCAAAGUAGUUGGAUUCAAAGAUUUUCAUAUCCGAAUAUUCAUGUUUAUAAUGUGCAGCAUCCCUACUGUUUUGCUGCUAAUUGUAGUGGACUCAGCUUACUAUGGGUAUGUGACAAUGGCUGAUGUGGAGUCACUGAAACUUUCCUGGGACAACUGGGUAGUUACACCACUGAAUUUCAUUCGAUACAACUUGGAUACAAGGAAUUUGAAACAGCAUGGUUUACAUCCGUGGUGGCUGCAUAUUGUUGUCAAUGUUCCUUUGCUGUUUAAUGUGUUGGGAGUGUUGGCACUUGUGUCAAUAGCUGGUAACACUUAUAGGUUUAUCCGAGGACAGUACAGUAAACUACCAAGAAUCCAAAGCAUUACAGGUCUAAUGCUCUUCUCUCUAAUCAUACCAGUAGCAAUAUUAUCAUUGUUUCCACACCAGGAGGCAAGAUUUAUCAUACCAAUAUUAAUUCCGCUAAUAUAUCUCUAUGGAAACCAUUUACAUCCCAACGAGAGUGAUGGCCCGAAAUCUAGAAGAUUUAAGAACACGUUACGAAUCUCUUGGUACAUUUUAAACCUACUGUUGACUAUGUUUUUUGGUUUCAUCCAUCAAGGCGGUAUAUACCCAUUCUCGAAUAGUCUCUACCGUGAAAUAAAGAAUAAUUAUGGAGUCCACACACAUGUCAUAACCACUCAUAGCUACAGUAUCCCCACAUUUUUACUACAACUGGAAAGCACAUCGAAAGUUUGGAAAGAUAGAAAGACUGGACAUAAAUAUAGACUGGCGCCGACCACUUUCCUCCACAAGUAUGGGUCCCUGCCAAUGAACGAGUUGUUUACUAAAAUUGAUGACGUUCUGACUAAUGCUGAGAUGUUGUUGCAUAAACAUAAAAAGCAGUACAGGUUUUACGUCGCGUCUCCUUGUUCCUUGGACAAGAAACUUCGAGCCGCAGCCAACAACUACUACUACAUAGAUUUAGCUGAAGAAUUCUCAUAUUACCCCCAUUUUUCUACGGAAGCGUUCCCCGAAUUUCCCAGUGACCACGACCAAUCGUGUUUAGAGACUGGUUUAUUACGAACGAAUGAAUCUUGUGUUAUUGAUCUGAAUAUGUUCCAAAGAAUCUCGUGCUUUUUUAAGAAACUGUGUCUAAAAAUUUAUAGAGUUAGACCUAUUAGUAAAUAUAAGACUUAAUAUUUUAUAUAUUCCAGUUUAGCCUAUACAGCUUUAAUUUUAUGUAUAUUGUCAGGCUUUUUGUUUAAAUUACUCAAAUGUGAACACAAAUGACAUCGGUGAUCUCUUUAGCAGUUUUAGUUGUCAAGAACUCAACUAUAGUAAAAGACCAUAGAAAAAUAGUUUUGCUUUAGUUAUCAUUCUUAGUUAGUUAAUGUUAAUUGAAUUUUGUAAUGGAAUGUUACCAUUAUGCCAUGUUAUUAGCUUUAAAAUCAAUUAUUAUACAAAGGGUGAUAUAUAAUCUCGAAUGAAUAGACUAAUUAUACAUAAUUUUGA